AGACGUUUUCAUCAUUAACGUCAACUGAAUUAAGCUAAAAAUGUAUAUGAGGGAUAAAAAUUGGAAGUGUCGGAAAGUCGAAAGGAUUUGCUUUUCAUUACAGAACUCUCAUAGUUGUGCACGAGCGUACGUGUAAAAAAAAGAAAAAAAGAACAUCCCAUCUUUCUCUCUCCUCGGCCUAGUUCGAUUCACCUGAUGACGAUUUAUCUUUUCUCACAUCCCACUUCUUCUGACCUCUCCAGAUAAAACCUAAAAUACCUAAGCAAAAAGAUUUGACCUUUCGUCCUCUCAACUAGCUUCUAAAGUGAAACAAGAAAGCUCUAGAAAUGGCGGAACUGCAACCAGCUGACAACAGUAAUCAGCAACCAAACGGCGGCGUCACUCCUUCGGUUCCUUCAACCUCAGCGGAAGCGCUGGCGAUCCCCGGCGGCGGAUCGAAACGACUGAGGAGACCAAGCGUUCGAUUAGGCGAAAUCGGCGGCGACUAUCACUACGAUCCUCACUCGAGGAAACCGAAGUGGGCACCGACGGCGACGGGGAACAAGACCAAAUCGUCGACGAGGACUCGGGCCCUGACGAAUAUCGGAACCCUAGAUGAUGAAAACGUUGAUUCUUUUGGUGUGGUUGGGAGUUGGCGGGUCAAGAAACGGGUCGGGUCAUCUACAGCAGGUGCGGCGAAGCGGGUAAGCUCCAAUUGGGAAGAAUUGGAAGGUGGGUUUAGGGAUUUCAGUAGAGAAGAUUCAGAGAGUCCGGUAAAGGAGGAGUCUUUAGUGAGAGACCGUGGUGGUGGUGGUGGGUUUUACGGUAGAGAAGGGGUCAAGAUUUGGUUGCAAGAGUUAGGGUUAGGGAGAUACUGGCCUAUGUUUGAGAUACAUGAGGUUGAUGAUGAGGUUUUGCCUUUGUUGACUUUGGAUGAUUUGAAAGAUAUGGGGAUUACUGCUGUUGGGUCCAGGAGGAAGAUGUUCUCUGCUAUUCAGAAGCUUGGUAGGGAGUUCUCAUGAUCGUCGAGAGUUUUGAUCGGUUUAGAAGAAGAAAAAACAUGUUUUGUGUUGUUGUUGUUUUAGUUGGUGAGAUAGUCAGUCAUGGCAUUGUAAGCUUGCAAUGUCUGAAACCACGAAUGAGAGAAGCCUUUUCUUCGUUUUUGUUUGUUAUAGUAUUUCAUUCGACGAUUGUUCUUACCUUUGUUGCUGCUUGUUUCAAUGUAGAAUUAACUACAGUUAUAUCAGUAGAAGUAGAGGUGGGAAAAGAAGAAGAUGAAGAAGAAGUAAUGAGAAGGUUUUCUUUUACUCUUUUGAUAUUUCUCUCUACUUCUUUUGAGAUGUUUCCAUGGAUGGUCUCUUUGAUGAUAAUGAACUUGUUGAAUAGUUGCAGCUUGUAUACCGAUUUGCGAUAAGAGUUUGAAAGAUAUGAAACUAAAUGUUGUCAGUC